AUGCUAAACAAAAAGCCAGAGUAUGCUGAUUUCUUCCCUGAAGAAUUGUUGAUCGAAAUCUUGAAAAGAGCUUCAGUCAGACCUCUCUUACGAUGCAGAUUGGUCUGCAAAUCUUGGUACUCUCCAAUCACAAACCCUAAUUUUAUUUCUCUUCAAAUCAACCACUCCAUUGAAUCCCAAAAACCCUAUCAAAUUCUUAUUGAGAAUGUAUCCCGUUCCGGAUUGGAGAUUAAAUUCGAGGGAUAUUGGUUAUGUAAUGACGAUGACUUGUAUAGUGGUUUUCGAAUCUUUGAUGAGAUGUCUAAUUAUUAUGGCGACAAGGUGAGCAUUUUUGGUUCUUGUAAUGGCUUGUUUUUUAUAUCCGAUGGCUCUAGAGGCCAUAGAUCUCAUGGAAAUCUAUACCUAUGGAACCCUACAAUUGGAAAAAGCCUCACUAUUCCAAAUCCUCCAAAUCAUGAUCCAACUCCAGAUAAUUUAUCAGACGUGAUGCGUUGUGAUGUAGGAUUUGGGUAUGACAAGAAAACAAAUGAUUUUUCUUGA